UGGAAAUUUCUCGAACGAACACGUUUUUAGCGAUCGAAUAAUCUACAGAAGUGAAUAAGUUCGAAGGUUCUCGCUGCCUCUAUUAAGCUGCUAAUAAACGUCAUUCGGUUUUUGUGAAGUUGUUCUCUGACUCGCGUGCGUAAUUUGCAAAAUCAAGCGUUGCUGAUAAACGUGCAUUAUAUUGUACAGUUUUAUUAAAUCAAAUUGCAAAAAGGCAUCAAAAUGGUCAAAGAAACAACAUACUAUGACAUACUUGGAGUGAAACCCAAUUGUACAUCAGAUGAAUUAAAAAAGGCAUAUAGGAAAUUAGCUCUUAAGUACCACCCUGACAAGAACCCGAAUGAGGGUGAACGGUUCAAGCAAAUUUCACAAGCUUAUGAAGUUCUCUCAAAUCCUGAUAAAAGAAAAGUCUAUGAUCAAGGUGGUGAACAAGCUUUGAAGGAAGGUGGAGGUGGAGGAAGUGGUUUCUCCUCACCCAUGGACUUGUUUGACAUGUUCUUUGGUGGAGGCUUCAGUGGUGGACGACGACGUGGACGUGAGAGGAAGGGUAAAGAUGUUAUACAUCAGUUAUCCGUUACUCUGGAAGAGCUUUACAAAGGAGCAGUUCGUAAGCUUGCUUUACAGAAGAGUGUUAUUUGUGACAAAUGUGAAGGCAGAGGUGGAAAAAAGGGAGCAGUACAAGUUUGUCCAACUUGUGGAGGUACAGGUAUGCAGUUACAAAUACAACAACUUGGACCUGGUAUGAUCCAGCAGAUACAGACCAUGUGCACAGAUUGCAGAGGUCAAAGAGAAAAAAUUGACCCUAAAGAUCGCUGUAAAGUUUGCCAAGGACGCAAAACAGUUCGUGAGAGAAAGAUUCUUGAAGUUCAUGUUGAUAAGGGAAUGACUGAUGGUCAGAAGAUAGUAUUCAGUGGGGAAGGGGAUCAAGAACCUGAGUUGGAGGCGGGAGAUCUUAUUAUUGUUUUAGAUGAGAAGGAGCAUGAUGUGUUCAAAAGAUCUGGGAAUGAUUUAAUAGUUAGAAUUAAUAUUGAGCUAGUUGAAUCUUUGUGUGGCUUCCAGAAAGUGAUUAGAACUUUGGAUGAUAGAGAUAUUGUCAUAACAGUAUUACCUGGAGAAGUGACGAAGCAUGGUGAAGUAAAAUGUGUUAUGAAUGAAGGUAUGCCGAUGUAUAAAAAUCCAUUCGACAAAGGACAACUUAUAAUACAAUUUUUAGUCAAUUUCCCUAAUAGCAUUCCACAAGGAGUCAUUCCAGUUUUGGAAAACAGUCUCCCACCUCGACCAAGGGUGGAAAUUCCCGAGUUGGCAGAAGAGUGCAUGUUGAUGGACCUGGAUCCGGAGCAAGAGUCCCGACGGCGCCGCUCGAACCAGGCGCAUGCGUACGAGGAGGACGAUGAGCACCCCGGCGUCAACCGUGUGCAGUGCGCUACGGGCUAGCCGAUUUCAUAUUGAUAGCUUAUUCUGCGUAUUUUUUGCAAAACUGUAUCCCGAUAUAGCAUCGAUUAAUCCCUUUACUAAGUUUACUAUCUUAAAGAAUUGCAGUUACUCAUAUUGUUAUUUAUAUACAUUAUAUAUUAUCACCCCUCUUAUUAUAAUUACAAAACAUAUAGUGCUCGAUUUAUGAUCGCGGUUUUAGGUCUCGAUCUGAAUGUAUUAUGGUAAUGUUCGAGUUUUAAAAUAUUUACAGCUUAUUGUCACUGUGAUUUUCUUUUUUAAUGUAGGGAUUGGUUUAAAAUAGCAUAAUGUAGUGUGUAAUUGACAGGUUUUUGCUAAUAAUAUUAUUGGAUUCGAUAUAUACGAAAUAGAUUGAGCUAGCUGAUGUAGACCAAAUAGAAAGGAUUUUCGAAUUGGCAAUACAGUAUAAAUUGUGGGCCUGGUACAGUUUUAACCAAGCAAACUAGGAAACUGCUUAAAAUUUAUAGUAAUAAAAACUACCUAUAUCAAUAAACUCUUCUCGAUAA